AUGUCUGACACCGCGAAGGACGCCGUCGAUCGGACCACGCGUCAGUUGGGCGUCGCCUGCACCGCCCUGCGCAUCCAAUCCGUCGCCAUGGACCACCCCCCGCCCCAACCGGCCAAGCCCGCUCCAACUCAAAACCAGCCCUCGCUCAGCCUCGUGCAACACUCCGUCGCCCCGCCAAUCCCGCACGACCCCAACGAGUUUGACACUGUCCUCCCGGAGAUCCCAAUGCACGACUCGCCCGCACCUCUCUUGCCAGUGCACAAGUGCCUUCCCGACGACCUUCACCUAGACCGCCAGUCUCUAGACGACUCGUCCACGGAGAAUAGGCCGUCGAACAUCGCGGCCCCGCCCCGCCGUGUGCUUUACGCACCGCCCCCAUCCCCGAGCCGCCCGCAUCCCCCACCCGAAGACGCUCAUCUGCUCCCCUCUCUUGUCUCCAACGUCCUCAAUACCGACCACCCCGUUGCCCAGCCGGCUAAGUCCCCGGACAGUCUAGAAACUCUCGCUGCCGCUGGAACCUCCCGUGCCUUGCAUUCUGUGCCGCACACACCGCCACCGCUGCAACACCCUCCUUCAACCGACUCCUCCCAGAACCCGCUUACCUCGCCGACUCAACCCACUGACAGCCCCGAUAAUCGCGUCGCAUCCAUAGACGCCCCCCUUUCUCAACUCCACCUUGCUGACGCUCCCUCCGAGGAACAAGGUUCUGGCCCAUCAGAUACUGACGCCCCUGUCCCGAUCCAGUCGGCCCCGCUUGACCCUACCGCGCCCAACCCGUUUGACCCCGUCGUGGAGCCCGUCGACUCGAACGAGCUUUUGGCCGACCCAUUGUCUAUCCGCUCCACCGAACCUCAAGAUGCUGACGCCAAUGCUGCGGACGAUGCCGCGGAGCCUGAUUUGCCAUCGAGCAGCUCCUUGCUGGAGAGCUUAGCCGAUGAGGACGGACACUCGGCGCUUUCGGCGCCGCCCGUUGCCUCCUCUGUCAGACGCGAGACACGGAAACGCCUCCCGCUCCUUGCUGCUGCAUCGGUACUUCUGCCCUUGGCGGUCGCGAAUGGUGGCGACAUGGCCGCGGCCCCAGCCGACUUUAUCAAAAGCCUCACCGCUGAUAGCAAGGCCAAAGAAGAGGACGCUCUUUCCCCGCCUUCGGACGAAGAACGGGGUGCCGGGUCGAGUGACGAUGACCGUCCGAGGGAAUUGCGUUUCGUCCCCGAGGAGCAUUUGCGGUCUGGGACGACACAUGCUCUCCCCGUGGCGGACGGGAAGAAUCGCAGUUGCGCUGUCUUUCAAGAAUAUCCUCAGUUCAAUUCCACACCUCCCCAGGAGCAGCACGCCGUCGUGCGGGCCAUCCCGUCGUUUCCGGAGUAUCCUCAACCGGCACGCAUGCUUUCCGAUGACGAGAUCACGAGCUCACCGGUGGCCGUUUUCAAGUAUCCUCAACCGGAACAACUCGACGUCCUCCCGCUUAUUCAAACCAUUCCAGAGACUAAUGCAUGUUUUCCUACCUACAAUCCCCAAGAGCAAGCUAAACUGGGAGAUGCAAACUCCUCGAUGUCGAUGGAUUCACGCAUGCCUUCGAAUGGUCGUCGAGACAUGGAUGGUAGUCGACUCUCCCAGCAUAGUUUACCGCCAGUGCUAGAGGACCAGCAUGAUCCGGACGCAAAGCGCUUAGCAACUGCACUUCCGGCACGACUGUAUGCCGAGGAAAGCGUGUCUUACGGCAACGGGUCUUCGCAUUACCCGUCAUUUUCCAGCAAGACUGGUAGUAGAAGCUCCAGAAGUGGCAGGGGAUCUGGGUAUGGAGAAGGCUCCUCGAUGGCUCAUGACGCAGAGGGGGAUCCGUAUAUGAGCAUUCUGAAGAAGCGGGAGGAGAUGGAAGCACGACGACGACGGAGAAAGGAGGACAGCACCACGCGUUCACGAAAGCAUGAAGGCAGUAUGUCAAGCACAGACCGUGCCCGGCUCGGAAAUUUGACCGAUACAUACGAAAGCGCCAAUCUGCUGCCUUCUGAGUAUGCGCAGCGAGUCGGUACCAUGGCAAGGAGGGAACACGGCGAGGGAUGGACCGAUGCUGCAUCAGACUCCGAUCACGAUGUCUACUUCGAUGCGAGGAGUUCUCCAUACCAACAGGAGGUUCGUCCUGCUUCGAGUGCGCAGCAUUCUUCGGAAAGGCGACAAAGUUCGCGUCAUGGUGGAAGUCAUUCACACCAUGAGGAUGCAUACUAUGCAGGGGCCCCACCCUCUGAUGAUGAAUGUCCGGGUUGUUUGUAUCAACAAUCUAGCUCUCAUGAUCAUGAAGCAUCACGGAGGAAAAAGUCAAAAUCUCGUUCCAGGGCUGAGUCGUCUCAACGCCGUCUUGAGCAGAGUGGCUACGACUCUGGUUCAGACGGAGUUUCUGAACACCCUUCUUCGCGAAGCCGGAGUGGGAAGAGAUCAGGAAGUGGCCACCGCUCAGACCGUGCUGAUCACUCGUCUCGGGACCGCUCGCAUCGCACGCAGAAAUCUAGUUCGCGGGAGAGAAGAGAUGAGCGAUUGGAUAGAUCUGAGAGGUCCGGAAGGUCGGACAGGUCUGAACGAUCCGAGAGAAGGGAGAGGUCUGAACGAUCUGACAAGCGUGACAGAUCGGGGAGAUCAGAAGUGCUAUCAAGAUCCGAGAGGGAUCAUGGUUCGAAAAGAACCAGGAGCGCCAACCGCAAGCACUCACAUGAGAGAGACAGAAGCCGUUCCCAUAAAGGAUCUCGUGACGAGGACCCAGAGCGCAGGAAGCGAGACCCGAAGAGUAAAUCCAAGAAGCAUCGACGCGCCCCUCCUCUACCCGGCAUUGGGUAUUCCAACUCGUAUACGAACGCAAAGUCUGUCUAUCGUCAUGUUCAACCCGAGACUGAUUCGGGAGUCGACAAUCCGAUUCCGUGGUAUUGGGAAGGUCAGUCUGCGCCCGAGGAUACUGACCCGGAAGACGCCCUUCCUUCGAGACAUUCGACGUCCGACACUCCCCAAUUUUCGAGCUAUGGAAGGCGCGACAAGAAUGGCCGUCGUCGAAAGGCUCACCAUAACCGCAGGGUUACAUUCCUCUACGAUGACCUUUGACAUUGGAAGAUUUGAGUGAGAUACCGUGACGGAAGACCCACGCAAGUCCCAGCACAGAACGCGGAAGUGCUUGAUUUGAGGGGUCCAUCAAGCAAGGAGAGAGACUUUUCAUAGAAGGGAGGUUAUGUUUGCGCAGAGAGAGUCAUGUUGGGAUCAUCGAUUGAGAGGUUUGUUCAUCUGGACGCGAGCGGAAGCAGAAAGAACGAGCUACAGCGCAGGCCAAAGCCUCUCGUAAGAUGUGAAAGAACUGUUUAGUUUCAAUUUUGGACAACGCUUGUACAAGAGACAUAGAUUUCGACGAACCGAAGUUCAGAAGCGAAUGCACCAAGCUCAUGCGUCUUAUCCCUCAGCCAGUAGUACAGUAUUGCAAGUUGCGUUAACCAAGUAACGCUUGGAUUUAAACCCACCCGCACCAUGUAUCAUUAGUGAAA